AUGGCACCAACACGUGGAGCACGUAAAUCGGAAACAGCGGCUGCAUCAUCAUUAUCAAUCGAAAAUCAACUACUAGCUGAUAUAGAUGAAUCAAUAAAUUUUGAUGAUGACGAAAAUCAAACAAAAGACGAUGGAGAUUCAAAUGAAUGUUCAUUUGAUCCAUUUUCAACUAAACAAUUUCAAUCGAAAAGACGACGUGGAUUUCGUAAAAAACCUCGACCAUUUAGCGAAGAUGAUAUUGAAGCAUUACAACAAUUAUCAUGUGCUAAAGCAUUUUCAAAAUUUCAUUCUCGAAUUAAAAGAGAAGCUGAAACAGAUGAAUCGAUUGGAGAUUAUCUUAAAGCUUGUGCUUUAUUAGCAACGAAAUUACGUCAUUGUAAAAAUGAAUUUUUAGAAGGUGAUAAUGCUGAUCAACAAAUUGAAAGUUAUUAUAAAGAUCGUAUUGAAGAAUAUUCAACAUUAUCAAAACAAGAAUUUUUAAAUUUAGCUGAACGUUAUAAAUCUGAUAUUCAUCAUACAAUUGAUAAAUGGCUUAAAAAGCGAAGAGAUGAUCAAAUGUAUGGAUCAACGAAAGAUAAUCCAUGGCCAAAAUGUUCACCUGCAUCGUUACGUGACCAAUCAACUAUUUUAAUAAGACGAACAAUACCAUGGAGACAACGUAGUUCACUUCCAGUACCUCAACAUAUUCAAUUUAUUAUUGAUGAUUUUCCAUCUGGGCUUCAACCUCUUUUACAUUUUCAUUUUCAUAAAAAAUAA